ACCACCCAGCACUGAUGGCCCUGCAUGUGGAGAUCGGCGUUAAGGGUAAUUCGUUCUCACCAUCAGACUAAUGCUGGCCUAAUCAGGUCCGUGGUUGGGACUGGGAGCAGAUCGACGCUGCAUAUAGCAAGAGUUUUAGAUGGUUGCCUCUGGUACAUCAAUCCGUAGACCUGCAGGGAUACAUCGUGAAUGGUGAAAUUUCCUGCUACCUGGCUACUCUCUUCGCGCUUGUUUUUUGGUGUUCAUUGGGCGUAAACGCUUCAGGAUAACUGGAUCUGAAUAUGACAUGAUCUGGAAUGACGUUCUGGAGGAAAUUAUUGAUCCCCGUUAUGGUCUUGCCAGUUAAUCAGAUUUGUUGCUGAUGAACCUGAUCUGAAGACCUAUAGAGUUCAGAGCGAGCCGAGAAAACAAGUUCAAGGUGUUCUUGUUCUACCAGUCAGAAAGCUGUUGUUGGCUUUCUUUUGGUAGCACGUCACUCACUGUCAGCUUUAGGAGUGUUUGCAAUGCUCAACUGGCUUCUAAGGUACACCCUCCGAUCCUAAAUUGUUGUCGUUGUUUUAAUUCAAAUUUGCACUAAAACAACAACAAUAAUUUAGGAUCGGAGGGAUCAUGAAGAACAUGAGAAUGAGAAAGAUUGCAACAGCUCGACUAUAAGGAACAAAUGGUAUAUGAAAUCGCCUUCGUCUUCGCCUUGGCUGGGUAACUAGUGCUUCGAAUGGCUCUCUCCCCACCGAGCUCCUCUGGCGAUAGCCAUGUUGAUCUCAUCUAGAUUGCUAUGGAUCCACCCAAUCCCUUCGACGGUCCCUCCAGUCUGUCUCAUCUCCUCGAUUUCACUCUAGGUCAUGUAUUCCGAAUCAAGGUUCGUCAAUCAUUCGCCACUCCUGUCAACCCUGUCGUCCCAUCGUCUGGUUUUCAUCUGGUGGUUUCCUUUGGAAGAGCUUCUUUUCGUCUAUCCAAUCUGAAUGUUAGUCUGGCAUUAUCGGCAUGUCUUGGUGCUGCUUAUGAUGAACUUGGUGUUAUCCAACUCUCUGGUAGAGUUUUCAAGUUUUCGGUCUGUUUUAAGGUUGUUGGUUUUAUGAUCUACAAACUGGUUCACUUUGAAUGCAAUUUUUUCAAGUGCUACUUCCAUCUUUGGAGUUCCGGCGGACUUAAUUGGAAACAUGAAUUGGCUUUAUGGAAUUCGGAGGAAUCUGCUGGUUGGACCACUGUUCAAUAUCGCAGGCAAAAACAUCACAAUGAUGUGGAUCCAAUCUGGCUUUACCUCGUCGAAAUUACCCAUCUGACUUUGGACAUCAAACUUUUGCUGAUGCUGUUAGAGCUGACCGUUCUAAGGAUGAUCGUGGAACUCGGAUCAUGCCAACUACCCAUCCUCAUCGCGCUGUCGUUCAGAAUUCAAAUCGCAUAACGGGUGGCCCAUAUAUUGGUUCUCAUCAGCCUGUUCUGGUUUAUCGGCUCAUCGUCAACAAGGCCCAGCCCACGCCACCCCUCAACUGCUCGCGAUGCUUAUCCGAAGGUCACCUGGCUGAUACCUGCCACAAUCUUAUUAGAUGCAAAAGUUGUUACAACUAUGGGCAUAUCUCACGACGAUGCUUAUCUCGGCCCAACAGUAGAGAGACUUAUCGGAAGCGUAUUACUUCCACCAACAACCAGAGCUGCAACAGUAUAUCUAGCCCUUUGGCUUGCUCGAGGCUGUCAUCUUUCUCCUUUGUUGCUGAAACCCCAACAUCGUAGCUUGCCCACCUUGCACCACCCCCCACGUGCACCUCCAUGGCGAACUUUCCUUGCGAUACCACGCCUCACCUCCCACCUGGCACCACGAUCGUUCCUCCUGGCCCAUUGCGCGCGCAACGUGGUUAUGCUGUUUUGGGCAGGAACUUGCCGAUCAUUUGUGAGGAGUGGACGAUUGCCAUCCUGGCAUCGCACGUGGAGAUUGAAGACUAUGAGGAAGGCUUGCACAUCAUCCGCCACUUCCUCGCCAAGCAGAACUGGCAGAUUUGUUCGACCUCACGCUAUGUCAUGGGCUCUGCCCUGGUCCAGUUCGUGACCUCCUGCGACCGCGACACUGCCGUCAACUCUGCGCCCUUCCACAUCGAUGACAUGGUACUUCGCUUUAUUCCCCGGAAUCGUGGUCUCAAUCAUAGGGAUGCUGUCUUUUCACAUGAUGUCUGGAUUAUGCUCACGAACUAUCCACUUGAGGGCUGGGAUGUAGAGGCUGUAUCCGAUGCUUUUGUGCCAUAUGGGGGUUUUUUGGUCUGGAACAAAGAAGUAUCCAACAAAGCUAGGAUCCUCGUUAAGAUUAGAGCUUAUGAUGUUGAUACCCUGCCUCUUAGCAUUGUUAUUCUGAGCAACUCCAAUCAUGUUGGCAAUGGUGAAUCUUGGACAUGCCCACUGUACAUUCAAUCUAGCAACAUGAUUGGUACACCUGCUGCGGAUGAGGAUCCCCUGCCUCCUGAUGGUGCCACUCCCCAUCCCAUGGCACUUCAAUUUCAUAACAUAUGGCAGGAUGCGGAUGCACAUGUUCCUUAUGCUCCUCAUGUACAUGAGCUUAAUGCUCAAGCACCUGAAGAACCACCUGUUCAGCGUGAUAAUGUUAUUGUUAUUGAUGAGCAAGAUAAUGAUCCCCUGGUGGAUGUCAACUUGAAUGCUAUGGAUGGUCAGAUCAGUCCAUAUAACUCUGUUGGCAGCUUCAUUGCCAUUGAAAGAUCGAUAUGGUCGGCUAGAGGGAGGGGAGGGGUGAAUAGGCGACUAACAAGUUUUAACCUUUUCUUGAAAGAUACAAGCACUUAAACCUAAGGCUCACUAGAUUAUCUAAAGUGAAUGCAACCCUAGUAUGAAGUGCAAUAACCGAAGCAACAAUAGAUAGCAAGAAUGUAAAGGGUGAAAAUGAUACCACACGUGGAGACAAAGAUUUCACCGGAG